CACAGAGCAGGCCGCCUGCAGCAGCAACGCUCUCUGCCCCUGCAGCGGCUGCAGCCGGAGGCCCGCGUGGCGGCAGCGGGCACCGCCCGGCCCCGCCGCGCUUCUCCUCGGCGCCCCCGCCGUGGGGCAGGAGCGCGGCGCUCCGCGCUGCGGGCGCCCUCCGAGCCGCAGAGGCCGGCGGCAACCCGGACGCUGCCCUCCCCCCGCGCCCCGCUCGCGGCCCCCUGCCCGGGCACCAUGGACACCUCCCGGGUCGGCGUGCUCCUGUCCUUGCCGGUCCUGCUGCAGCUGGCGGCCGGGGGCGGCUCGCCGAGGCCGGGCGCGCUGCUGCGGGGGUGCCCCGCGCACUGUCAGUGCGAGCCCGACGGCAGGAUGCUGCUCAGGGUGGACUGCUCCGACCUGGGGCUCUCGGAGCUGCCUUCCAACCUCAGCGUCUUCACCUCCUACCUAGACCUCAGUAUGAACAACAUCAGUCAACUGCCCCCGAGUCCCCUGCACAGUCUCCGCUUCCUAGAGGAGUUACGUCUUUCUGGAAACGCUUUGACGUACAUUCCCAAGGGAGCAUUCGCUGGCCUUUAUAGUCUUAAAGUUCUUAUGCUGCAGAAUAAUCACCUAAGACAGGUACCAGCGGGAGCACUGCAGAAUUUGCGAAGCCUUCAGUCCCUGCGUCUGGAUGCUAACCACAUCAGCUACGUCCCCCCGAGCUGUUUCAGUGGCCUGCAUUCCUUGAGGCACUUGUGGCUGGAUGACAACGCCCUGACAGAAAUCCCUGUCCAGGCUUUCAGAAGUUUAUCAGCACUGCAGGCCAUGACUUUGGCCUUGAACAAAAUACACCACAUACCAGACUAUGCCUUUGGAAACCUCUCCAGCUUGGUAGUUCUGCAUCUCCAUAAUAAUAGAAUUCACUCCCUGGGAAAGAAAUGCUUUGAUGGGCUCCACAGCCUAGAGACUUUAGAUUUAAAUUAUAAUAAUCUUGAUGAGUUCCCCACUGCCAUCAGGACACUCUCCAACCUUAAAGAACUAGGAUUUCACAGCAACAAUAUCAAGUCAAUACCUGAGAAAGCAUUUGUAGGCAAUCCUUCUCUUAUUACAAUACAUUUCUAUGACAACCCCAUUCAGCUUGUUGGAAGAUCCGCUUUUCAACAUUUACCUGAACUAAGAACACUGACUUUGAAUGGUGCCUCACAAAUAACUGAAUUUCCUGAUUUAACUGGAACUGCGAGCCUGGAAAGUUUGACUUUAACUGGAGCACAGAUCUCAUCUCUUCCUCAAACCGCCUGCGAUCAGUUACCUAAUCUGCAAGUGCUAGAUCUAUCUUACAACCUGCUGGAAGAUUUACCCAGUUUUUCAGUCUGCCAAAAGCUUCAGAAAAUAGACCUGCGACAUAAUGAAAUCUUUGAAAUUAAAGUUGACACUUUCCAGCAGUUGCUCAGCCUCCGAGCUCUGAAUUUGGCUUGGAACAAAAUUGCCGUUAUUCAUCCCAAUGCCUUUUCCACUUUGCCAUCUCUAAGAAAGCUGGACCUAUCGUCCAACCUCCUGUCGUCUUUUCCUGUAACUGGGUUACAUGGUUUAACUCACUUAAAAUUAACAGGAAAUCAUGCCUUACAGAGCUUGAUAUCAUCUGAAAACUUUCCAGAACUCAAGGUUAUAGAAAUGCCUUAUGCUUACCAGUGUUGUGCAUUUGGAGCAUGUGAGAAUGUCUAUAAAAUUUCUAAUCAAUGGAAUAAAGAUGACAACAGCAGUACAGAUGACCUUCAUAAGAAAGAUGCUGGAAUGUUUCAAAUUCAAGAUGAGCGUGAUCUUGAAGAUUUCCUGCUGGACUUUGAGGAAGACCUGAAAGCCCUUCAUUCGGCGCAGUGCUCGCCUUCCCCAGGCCCCUUCAAACUCUGCGAAUACCUGUUUGGUAGCUGGCUAAUCAGAAUUGGAGUAUGGACCAUAGCAGUUUUGGCGCUUACUUGCAAUGCCUUGGUGACUUCCACAGUGUUCAGAGCCCCUCUGUACAUUUCCUCCAUAAAACUGUUAAUUGGGUUAAUAGCAGCAGUGAACAUGCUCAUGGGGGUCUCCAGUGCUGUGCUGGCUGGCGUGGACGCGUUCACUUUCGGCAGCUUUGCACAGCAUGGUGCGUGGUGGGAGCAGGGGGUCGGUUGUCAGGUCGUCGGCUUUUUGUCCAUUUUUGCUUCGGAAUCAUCUGUUUUCCUGCUUACUCUGGCAGCCCUGGAGCGCGGGUUCUCUGUGAAAUACUCUGCAAAAUUUGAAAGGAAAACCCCCUUCUCCAGUCUGAAAGUGAUCAUUCUGCUCUGUGCGGUGCUGGCCCUGACCAUCGCCACGGUUCCACUGCUGGGUGGCAGUGAGUUCAGUGCCUCCCCGCUCUGCCUGCCCCUGCCCUUUGGCGAGCCCAGCACCACAGGCUACAUGGUCGCUCUCGUCUUGCUCAACUCCCUCUGCUUCCUGGUGAUGACCAUUGCCUACACCAAGCUCUACUGCAAUUUGGAAAAGGGAGACCUGGAAAAUAUUUGGGACUGUUCUAUGGUGAAACACAUCGCUCUGUUGCUCUUCACCAACUGUAUCCUUUACUGCCCUGUGGCUUUCUUGUCCUUCUCCUCUUUACUAAACCUCACAUUUAUCAGUCCUGAAGUCAUUAAGUUUAUCCUUCUGGUGAUUGUCCCGCUUCCUGCAUGUCUCAACCCCCUUCUCUACAUCCUCUUCAAUCCCCAUUUUAAGGAAGAUCUGGGGAGCUUGGGAAAGCAAACCCACUUCUGGACAAGAUCGAGAAACCCAAGCCUGAUGUCUAUUAAUUCUGACGAUGUCGAGAAGCAGUCCUGUGACUCAACCCAAGCCUUGGUAACCUUCACCAGUGCCAGCAUAGCCUACGACCUACCUUCCAAUUCUGUGUCACCGCCAGCUUACCCAGUGACCGAAAGCUGUCAUCUUUCAUCAGUGGCAUUUGUUCCAUGUGUCUAAUUAACAUGUGAGAGGAAAAGUUUUCAAACACUGAAAACCAAAAAAUAUGAGAUUGAGUACAUCAGAGCAGUAACUAAAAAAUAGCUGAGUGGAAACUUGUUUGUUUUUAAUAUCUCUCAGUGUGGAAAAAGCUGAAGACCUUGUUAAUACUGGAGAGUGAAAAGUCUAAAUGCUGCUUGUAUAAUUCCUUCAGAUAUAAGAGAUACAUCAAUCACAUUAUUUAGGUAAGCCCAGAUUUUAAAAAGCAGACUGAAAUGUUCAAAAAAGAUUCUCCAUGAUUUCCACCGAUUCCUUUUUAAACUCACCAAUCUAAUUAUUUGGGGCGAGGGGCAGAACCACUUGCUUACAAAGGUUAGUUUCAGGUUUUCAAACCUGAAAACUCCUUAAAAGAUGGUUAGAGGAGUUCAGAAAAUAGGGUUUUAAAUGGCCUACAUUACUAAGUAAAAGUUGUGACCAGUACGAUUUCAUUUUAAUGACCAUGUGGAUGUGUUAAUCCUCCUUUCCCUUUCCUCAGAAAGGAUCCUUCCACAGCACCAAUCCCCCCAUGAAUGGAUAAUGUAGGACAUUGUUAGUUUACUCAUAUUCACAUCGUUUUUAGAGAUGCCAAAUUGUAUGUAUCAGCACUAGAUGGUUCCACCUCAGUGAAGUAAAACUGCCUACAAAUAUUUUGAAAGGAAAAUAAAUUCUUAAAUUGCCAUGAAGGCAAUCAUGUAGAAGUGAGGUUUGCCGUGUCUAAUUAAUUUUUAACUCUCUGCUGUCCAGAACUCCAAAUAAAAGUCCAUUGCUGGCAAUGGAUACACCUAGAAAAGAUGGUGUGCAACUCGGGGAGGUUGGGGAUUGUUUUUUCUUCAGGUGCACACUUUUUGCAGGGGUUUUGUGAAUUGAUUCAGACUGAGGUGCAUCUUAACAAUGAUCAAAUGCAGACCAACAUGAAUGAAAUCCACCAACAUAACUUCUCACACGUGUAUCUCUAGUAGCCCUAGCAACGAUGUCUGAAACCACUUUGGACUUAACAGGGACUUGGUAACAUAUCCUCUUUCUUUAGCUUGGUUUUAGCUGUGUUGUCUUUGGACCAACCCACUUGAUGUCAGGAACAUGACUUCUCUGCUUAUUCCAUAUGUAAUACAAUACGAUGUGUUAAGUAUUUUAAGAAGCAAAAUGAUUAAAUACUAAAGGUCAAAGGACUAAUUUGUAACUUCCAUUAUACUACAUUAGCUUCAAUACAUCCAAACCAAAAGACUGUUAGGUAGAUUUAUUUUUAUAUAAGCAUGUUUAUUUUGAUCAGAUGUUUAAACUUGGAAUUGAAAAAAAAUACAUUUAUGAGAUGUUUUAUAAGAUGUGUAAAUAUAGCACUGUAUUUAUUACUACAAUAAAGAUUCGGUAACUCUAAGGACCAUGAUAAGAAACCAUGUACAGUGGCAUAUUAUUCAUAUAUAUUGUGUUUCUCUGCCCAUUUUCUUUAAAUUCAUUAACUGUAUAUAAUAUGUGUAAAUGUAUAGUACUUGUAAAUAGAUUCCAAACCUGCUUUUCUGUUGGGUACAAAAUAAAAGAAAUUUGUAAUAAAAUGUGUGACUAUAAAACAAAAUAUCUUCAGGCCUUUUACUGAGCCCACAGGCAAAUAUAUGUUCUCCUAAAUGUUUUUUAUCUUUGAUGUAUAAAUACAUUUGCUAUCUAAGUAUUUGCACCUUAA